AAAUCCAAGAUUCUCUCAUUUCGGUUUGACGUGGAGAAAGUAAAAUAAAAUAAAUAAAAACUCGGCCUUUUCACCAGAAGUUUCAAUACACAUAUCACAAAGAGACGCCUCUCGCCGUUAGUCGCCUCCGUAGAUCGCAAACUCCAUCGCUUUCGUUUAAGCAUGGCCAAGUAUAUUAUCGCUUCCAUAGCUGGAUCAUUUGCAAUUGCGUACGUAUGUGACCAACUUAUUGCUGACAAGAAGAUAUUUGGAGGCACUACCCCUAAAACAGUUUCAGACAAGGAAUGGUGGGAAGAAACUGAUAAGAAGUUCCAGGCAUGGCCUCGCACUGCUGGACCACCGGUGGUGAUGAACCCAAUCAGUCGCCAGAACUUCAUCGUGAAGCCUCGUGAAUCUUGAAUCCAAUUGUAGCUUUUAUGAUCUGUUGCUUGUUCUUUGCUAUCUUUAUUGGCAAUGUUUUCUAUUGUUUUAGUACUUCAACAUAGCGACAAUAGCUGAUAUGGCCUUUGUUUGAUUUGUAUUUUGCAUGUUCUUCCUGAAAAAGGGUUUUGUUGACAAAUGCUUCAUCUUCACUAAAUCAAAAUAAAUAUCAGUAAAGGAUUCAAAGCUGUUAUGGUU